AGUGUGAAUAUAGCUGAUAAUUUGCAUUAUGUUAUACAUGCUUUAUUUGAUUGUAUUUUACAGAUAAGUCUACUAGCAUGGAUGAUAUUGACUUGGAAUUGGAUGAGAUGGAAUUAGUUGCAGCGGCUGCUGGCUACUAUUAUUAUAAUACUAUAAAUAAUCAGCCUGUUCGUAGUUCAUCACCUCAUGGAAGAGGAUAUCUGAAUGAAGUGCUAGAAGGAAGUGAUGAUGUGUCUCGAGAACUAUUACGGAUGGAUAAACAUGUUUUUCAUAAGCUGUGUGACACUCUCCGACAGAGAAAUAUGCUACGAGAUACAGCUGGCGUUAUGAUAGAGGAGCAGGUGGCAAUUUUCUUAAAUAUUGUGGGUCAUAAUGAACGUAACAGGGUAAUCCAAGAGCGAUUUCAGCAUUCUGGGGAAACCAUUAGUCGACAUUUUAAUAAUGUAUUGAAGGCUAUCAAGUCAUUGUCACGUGAAUUGUUACAACCACCUCCUCUCAAUACUCCUCCAGAAGUUCUUAGUAGCAAUAGAUUUUACCCAUAUUUCAAGGAUUGCAUUGGGGUCAUAGAUGGCAUGCAGAUCCCUGCUCAUGUCCCAGCAAAGGAUCAAUCUCGAUUUCGCAAUAGAAAAGGUGUUUUAACGCAAAAUAUCUUGGCAGCCUGCACAUUUGAUCUGCAGUUUAUUUUUGUUUAUCCAGGUUGGGAAGGCUCUGUUACAGAUUCACGGGUGUUAAGAGCAGUCCUGGAUGAUCCAGAUCAGAAUUUUCCUCCCAUUCCUGAAGGAAAGUAUUAUUUGGUUGAUGCUGGUUAUGUGAACUUGGAAGGAUUCAUUGCUCCAUACUCAGGAGUUCGGUAUCACCUGCAUGAAUAUAGAGGUGCCAAUAAAUUACCUAGAAGUGCAAGGGAGCUCUUUAAUCACCGGCAUUAUUGUCUUACAAGUGUCAUACGGAGGUGUUUUCAUGUGCUGAAAACUCGUUUUCCCAUUCUCAAACUUACCACCCAAUAUGCAUUCCAUGUUCAAAGAGAUAUAGUUAUAGCAGCAUGUGUUCUACAUAAUUUCAUCAGACGCGAGGAUAGAAAUGAUUGGCUGUUUUCCAGUGUUGAGGGAGUCACAGUGGAAGACUUGCUCGAUCUUGACGAUCAACCUGAGCUGCAGUUUGCUUCUACAAUACCAGAACAAAUUGCUUCAGCCUUUCGAGAGUCAACUGCUGCAGCUAUGUGGGAAGAUUUCUUAAAUAAUUGGGAUAAAUGGUGAUUUUUAGCAUCAUAUGUAAUUUAGGAGAUCGUAGAAUUGUGCUGAAGAAGCUUUCAUUUUAUCUUUUGUUCGUUUCCUACAUUAGUUCCUUUUCUGUGUCCAUCUUCACAAUAUCUGUCUACAUCUUAUUGAGGGAGAAGGAAGGUUUGUACAGAUGAUUUCCGGUUUGUAUGGAUGAUUUCUUACCUUGGUUAGCAAUAUCAUAAGUAGUUUAACCUAACUUUGCAUUAAAGUUGUAUCUUUUUG